AUGGAGCGGCUGCUCUCCAGCUCAAUAUGUUCUUUGGCUUACGGGUCUCUUGCCGAAGGACGAGCUACAGUGGAUACUCAUCUACUUGCACUGUGCCGACCGCACUACAAACCACCGAGUGCAAUUUUCCCCGUGGCAAGUUAUGGGUUGCCAUUUCCGCAAUCUUCUUCUAGUUCUCGCUGCCGGGAAGUCUGCGACAUCUUAUUUGCGCCGUACAGUCCGUCGCUGGCGUUGGUGUGCACGUCUGGAAAUGAUCUUCUUACAUUCGACAUGAAUUGCGGCUCUUUCAUCUCAGAAAUUCAGUUGAGUCCGGGGAGUGGUGCAAAUGCAAAUAAUGGCCACCGCCGUUCCUGUACCCAUAUAAACCGAGACCCAGGCGCCCCUCUCAUCUUUUCCGGCGCUCCAAAUGGCGAUGUAAUGGUGUUUGACGCGCGUACUUCAGGCAUCACUGCAAAGCUCCUUGGGCAGAAGUUCUGUCCGACUCUCCGUCUCCCGUCUGCACAUGACGGCGCUGUGUGUGGGAUUGGUACAGGAAUAGCGCUCCAUCCGCAGCUUUUCCUCACUGGAGGCCGGGAAGACCGGUGGCUCCGCCUUUUUGACCUCCGAUUUCCGUUUCAUUAUAGUUCUGCAGGUUCCAGCAACGGAAAUCCCGUCGCGUAUCCGCUGGAAGCAAGGAGGUUGGGACCAAGCGAAGACCAUGGUGCUGGGUGGCGGACCUGCUUCAUGGCAUUUGAUGUGUCUCCAGAUGGAUCGUUGCUAGCAGGUUCUGUUGCUCGUCAUCGUACUGCUGAGCCCACAAGCAUGGAUCGGAAGCCGCAAGGAACCGAUGGCGAAACAGUGCUCCUCAGCCUAUCGGAUGGAUUACGCACUGUCAAAACCAUUGCAUCCGCUGAUGCUUGCGCAGCAGACUACGUUCAGUUUUCGCCUAACGCCAAGUAUAUUCUGCAGACGGGCGGCGUUGGAGGAACAUUCUGCAAAAUGUGCUGGCACUGCGAUUGCCGCUGCUCCUGUGUGUCGAAGCGCCGCGAAGAACAGUUGGACAAGCAGGCAAAUGGCACUACCGAAAGCCAUUAUAGUAUGUCUAACAUCCGGGGUUGGGAAAAAACGGUAGUAUCUAGCUCACGAAGUACUGUUGAGCUGGAGAGUUCACCGCAGGAGACUGGGAUUUCCUCUGACUAUUCACGCGCUCAGUAUCGGUGCAUGUAUCAUCGAGCACAACUAGUAAAUCUUGUCCAGUCCAAUAGAACUAUCAACCUCAAAAGUCCCGCGGAUGGUGCCGUUGCCUUCACCGAUUCGUUUUGCUUGUCUCACUCAUUCAAAGGGCUUCAGCAGCACGCUGCCCAGUUGGACUGGUCGAGGUAUGAAGGACUGGCAAAGGACCUCACUCGACCAGUGAUAUCGGCUGCGGCAGGCAAUGGCGGUUUCCUUCGUAUUCUGCACUUCACACUGCAGGGCCCGACGAGCAGGCAUGCUCACAAGUGCAGGCAAAGGUUUUGGAAGUAUCUGGCCAAGAUCCAGAGUUCAGCAACCACUCCUACUGGACAUACUAGUUCUGGUUUUAAGGCUAUGCACCGAGAAGUGAAGUGUGGUAAGGUGCGACCAGUUAUGCGACCAACAAAUGGAAGAGAUGAGGACGGCGCCCAUAGCGGCGGUGACAUGCCGCUCCGCGUGGCUGGUGCUGGUUCCCAUGACUCCGUACGAACGACCCCACAGAUAGAAGAAGCAGCUGUUGACAAAUCAAGCGCAGUUACCAAGCCGUUGCUAUUUCCUCUUCUCCACCCACAGCUGUCACAAUUCAUCUCGAGCUGUGGGCCACUACACCCUGCAUUCGUCCGAGCAGAAGCAGCAACGUUCCCUUUUAAGUGCAGGCUAUGGGGAGGCCUCGUCGUCGGAUAUGGUGGCUCUACAGCGGAUGGCUGUGGGCGUGCCCGGAUCUAUGACGGCCUAAAAUUGUGGGACUCCACGACAGGCGUCGUACUAAGCUGGACAGAAGGCGACUUGGCACAAGAAGACAAUUUGACUUGUAUAGCACCUAUUCCAGACACCAGCAGCUGCCUCCUGGCCACCGGAGGGUAUCUCCCUGUUGGUGCUAGGAACUGCCAGAGUUCUUCCCCAUCAUCGGGACUCACGUUUUGGUCCCUGCGUCGCCGGGAUGAUCUCAUCAUGUCUGCCCUCGAGGGGUGUCUUUCCCUUGAGGUAGAGUCAGAAGACUCCGAAGCCUCCAGUCACUGA